AUGGACAAAUUGAAUCCUGCCAAGGUCGUCAACCUCCGUGUCUCGGGCCCCGUCGACAUCUCGCGAUUCUGCGCCCUUCAGCACCUCUUGGUUUCGCACGGCGCGCUGGAUUGCUCCAAGCUCCGUCGCUGUCAUGACCUGCGCAGUGUCAGCUUCAACCGACAAGUUUCCGAUCUUGACAUGGAAACCAUUGUGCAGUGGCUCACCACGUCCCGGGUCUUGAAGAGCAUCUACGCGGGGACCGUCGGCAACCUUGGGUUUGAGGCCAUUGCGCGGACACUGCCGGUAUGGAUUGCCCACGGUCUAGAAGAGCUUGGCCUGGGGCAUCCUUGGAACUUGCGUCCGAUUCCAUCGAGCAAGCAGCGCCUCUUGCUCUUGGCCGACGCCUUGGCCACGAAGCGCGACCAUCGAAAGACGCUCAAGGUCUACGUGGAUCUGGGCAAGCGCGCAUUGGACUCUGAAGAAAUCUCGUCGCCGUUGGUGCAUCAAGCAACGUUCACCUAG